AUGAAGCUCCUGCAGUUCCCUUGGGGCAGACACGAUGCCUUCUUGUCGCAUGCCCUUGUGCUUGCGUCCCUCGUGGCUGCCUUUUUUUUAACCGAAAAUUUUGUAAAACGAAAAAAUAGCCUUUUCUCUGUAGAAGUGUCUAGCAAGAAGGUGUGUGACUUUCUGCACAAAAAUUUUUACAAAGUGGAGACUCUGUACAUAUGUGGCGGUUCUCUUGUGCAGAAGGAUUUUUUUCAUAAUGACUGGAGGAACCGCCACACCGACUUCACCGUCGACACGAACAACCCCGCUCUGAACGAGCACAUCCUCGCCAAGUCGCGCAUGAUAUUUAAAAAACUGGACAGCAACAACAACAGCGUUAUUGACCUGAACGAGUUCAAAACGAACGUGAGCAUAUUGUCCAAAAUGAGGAGCAUAAAUGAGAAGGUGCUCCGAUACCUAUUCGACCUCUUCGAUGUAAACAAGGAUCAAAAAAUUGACUACGUGGAAUUCUUAUCCCUAAAUUCGUACGACUUCAAUUACGUCAAGCUUAUUCAAAUUUUAUUUGAUGAAGAGAGCGUAGUUGAGGGGGCUACAAUAUACAACUACUUGGAGAUAUAUUUUUCCGAGUUCUUGGAUAACGUGGUAGACGACGUGAUGGAAGACGUAGAUGCGUACUUCUUUACACGAAAGGAUGAGCUUGUCCAAUCCUUGGUGAAAAAUUUUUGGAAAAAUGAAAGACGGACGUGGGAUAUAAAUGGCGAUGAGAAGUUACAGCUUGAGGAGUUCCAGAAUUUCCAGCUGUCCCUGCUCAUGCAGAUCGACCACCUGGCCAACUUUCUUCAUUUAGACUUGAAUUUGGAUGGGUGUAUCGAUCUGCCGGAGUUGCUGUAUUAUAUCAGCCACGACGGGGAGGCAUAUAGAAGGUUGGUUGCCUACAUGGAGAGCGGGGAUGACAGCGGGGGUGACAGCGGGGGUGACAGCGAGGGUGAUCACCGCGCAGGAGAGAAGGGGGAGGCCCUGUUCAGGUACAUCCGGGAGGACCUCCACGUCGACGACUCGCUCGUCCGCAAUUUGCAGUUCCUGUUCUACUCGUUCGAUGUGAACGGUGACCUCCUCCUCGAUUUGGAGGAGUACAAGGAUCAGAUGAUCACAUUCUCCGUGCUGGACUCGGCCCCUGAGAUCGUCUUCUCGAGCUAG